AGUGCAGGGCUCACAGUUUCCUAGUUCCUCCAGCCCUUCGCUGCCUGGUUUUCGCUAUGUUGCUGAUCUUCCUCAGCCUGGUCUUGCAGACGGCGGGUCAGCAGUUCCAAAAGACCAACCCGGCGGUGGAGGCCUCCUUCCCCCUGGCCGCCAACGGCUCCUGGCACGUGGGGGGCUUCUGCUUCGGCAUGGGCGAGUCGGUGGUGGGCCAGCUCCAGGUGGCGGUGGAGUGGGAUGGGACCACCGACUUGAACAACAACGGCCCCGUGUACUUUGCAGGCUUCGACGGACGGGCGGACCGAUGGGGUGAGGCGUCGAAGAUGUGGGACACCGCCACGUGUGCUCAGAAGAAGAACCUGGCAACCACGGUGACCCGAUUGGACGGCUCGGGGAAUUCGCACGCCUUCAUGAUCGACCUCUUUCAGGUGCACGACAUCCGGGACUGGCACUUUGCGGUGCUGUCCUGUGGUGACCCGGAGGCAGGCACCCUCACGGUGAAGGUGGAGGCCACUAAGGGGGCGCUCUCCACCUUCGCGGGGGGGGCCUACUUCGACACCAGCAGCUGCCCCGUGGAGCGCUGGGCCCCUGCGGGGGCGGCCCCGUUCUGGGUGCUGCUCUUCGCCAUGGCGGCGGCCACGGGGGCCUGCUGCACCCUCUGCGCGCUGGUGACCUACCAGCUGAAGGCCAAGCUGACGCCCAAGGAGGCUGAGCUGCAGGGCGUCGCCGGCACCGUGCUGGGCCACUCGGACGCCACCACCGGUUCGACCGCCGCGACCGCCGCGGGCGGCGUGGACCCGGGGGCCAAGAUCCCGGAUGAGACGAUGCAGGUGUGAUGCCUCUCGCGCUGCAGGUUCCGGGAUGCUGAGCAUUCGGGGUUCAAUUUUGGAGACAUAAUCCAAUCCUUUUUGACCGCAAGUGAUCUCGCUCGUUCGGGUUCAGCUGAGCUGAUCUCCGGUGCGCUGCAUGUUUAGUUCGCUCGGUGCGACCGCGGUCAGUUUCCCUGAACAGGGGUUUCGGGCCGUGGUUUGCAGACCACCAUGUUCCGGUAGGUUGGCUGGGUU